CCUUCGACAGAGUCAAACCAAGACGGGAGACAUUCGCAAUCGAAGACGUCGUCAUCAUGCCAAUUAAAUACAGAGCGAACAAAAGGCAACUCAGGUGGUGGCCGAAGUACUCAACGCAAGCAAAGAGAGGUGUUCUUGGUUGGUGAUUCCAUCCUAAAGAACUUGCAAGGGAGGAAAAUGUCAAGUAGUGCUAAGGUCAAGAUUUCCUCUUUUCCGGGAUGUUCGACUCAGGACAUGAGAGAUCACAUUAGACCUAUUUUACGGAAAAACCCAGACGAAAUUGUACUUCACGUUGGUACCAAUAGUCUUCGCUCAUCCACAUCCGCGCGCGAAUGUGCUGAGGAGAUCGUUAAUUUAGCCCACAUGAUAUGCGACGAAUCUUCGGCUAAAUUGUCGAUUUCUAGCCUUGUGUCUAGAGCAGACGAGGAGGCCCUUGGUGUCAAAGUCUCUGGUGUAAACAAGAUACUAAGGAAAUUCUGUAAUCAAAAU